AUGGACAAACUUCCGACGGAGCUUGAUGUUCGAAUCGUCAGCUUUCUACAGGGCGAUCGACAGGCCCUCAACGCUGUUUCCCAAGUUUCAGAGCAUUACCGCUCCCUCGCAGAGCCAUACCUCUAUGAGAACAUAUCCUUGACAACAUAUCAAGAGUACGCUAUCAAGUGCCUGCUCAGGACGCUCAUCGACCGGAAUGAGCUUGCCCAAUACAUUAAGAACUUUGACCUAACCCCAGAAACUCGCGCAGUGCGUCAGCCGUCUAAGGGCCCGGCUCUCUAUCACGACUUUUGGGAAUAUGUCAACCCCAUUCGGGAUAUGAUCCGAAGCUUCAAAUGUCUUCACCCAGGGGCCGCAUUGGAGUGGUUUGGACGCGUUUUUGAGCGGAAACCUUACUUCGACGGCGCCGUCGCGCUCAUUCUGUGCAUGGCGACGAACCUCGAAUCCAUUAAUCUCAACGAGACCCGUGCUGACCAUUUACGGAUGACGCGGGAGCUCCUUCUGAACGCCUGGUGGCAGAACGAUGAUGCCAGCGAUGCUUAUCCCUUCCACAAACUGAAGAAGCUUGCUCUUCACGGCGCAGAGUGCGAUUCCGCGUUCGUGGCACCAGUCUUGGCCACCAUAACUUCCCUGGAGCUUAGUAAUUGCAACCAGGCACAAAUAAGGUUCUUUACACAGGAAGCACCCCGCAAUCCGCAGCUCCGCACCUUGAUCUUCAAGAAUGCAUACAACGUCAACCCAAUAUAUUUUCAUUCCAAUUUCAGGGGGCCGUAUAUGCCGUGGCUGCGCAACAUCAAAGAACUCGUUGUGCAGACCCCUGGCGGCUAUACAGACGAUUGGGAUCUGCCUCGUCUCAUGGAGGACUUCGAGACAUACCUUCCCAAUCUCGAGCUGCUCGAAUGGACGCGCACAGCGUAUAUAGAAGCCGCCGAAUCACGCGAGUUCGAUACAUUCAAGAAUCUCUCGAAGCUCAAGACACUGCGAGUGGACCACAACCUCGUUUUCAGCAGCUGGUACAGGGAGUUCUUAGAGAAGGUAUCUAACCUUUCCAAGGUCUUCCCAGAGAGCCUGGAGCACCUUGAGUUAGCGAACUUGACUUCUGGCGCUGCUGACGAAAUCGUCGCUAAGCUUCAUAAGACCCUGGAGCUGGAGGCCAGCGACAACGAGGGCGACGAGGUGACUAAAGCGCUCAAACUCUUCCACUCACAAUUCCCUCUCAAGAGCCUCACGCUCGGCCUAGACAUGGAAUACCAGGACGAUGGCACAGACGUCUAUGAAAUGGACCCACCCACUGUCGUCUUCCUACGCCAUGCAGCCGACGAGAUGGCUAAGAUAGGAGUGGUGUUCAAGGUAUACCGGAUGCCAGGAAACUUCGAGCGUUUCGACAAAGAGCUAGUUCGGGCUGGGUAUACUGCGCCAUUGCCGCAUUCGAAGUCGACGUACGAUUGUGACCGUUGCUAG